AUGGCCUCCAACAUCCAUUUCUUCGAUAUCACAUCAGUCCUACCCGGUCCCGCAAAAUCAUGGUCUCCCAACACUUUGCGGACCAGAAUGGUCCUUAACUUCAAAGGAAUCCCCUACACCCAAAGCUGGGUCUCAUACCCCGACAUUGCACCUUUACUCAAGGCUCAUGGCGUCCCACCUACGAAAUCAAGCGCCCUACCUGGCAACUCAGCGGUCCAUUAUACGCUACCGGCAAUCAGCCAUAAGGGGUCAAUAACGAGCAACCCAGAGGGGGUGCUCAUGGACUCCGAGCCGAUCGCCAUGUACAUCGACAAGCUGUACCCGUCGCCCCCACUCUUCCCCUCCGGCGAUGCAAGCUACUCGCUCAUGGUCGCCGUGCAGAAGAUAGUGAGCUCGAUCAGACCGAGUAUGAUCUCGCUGGUUAUUCCCAACGUUCCAUCUGGACUGGAUGAGCGUGGACGGGAGUACUUUAUCCGGACACGCUCAGAGGCUUUCGGGAAGCCGCUUUCUGAGGUCAGGCCGACGGAUGAGGCAGAGUUGCUUGCUCUCCGGCAGCUUAUCGAGAAGGAGGCCGAGACGCUGGUUAAGAUGUUGAAGGGCAGGGAUGGGAAGAAGGGACCGUUCUUGGAGGGUGAGAGGGCCGGCUAUGCGGAUAUUAUUCUCGCUUCGCUUUUGGCUUUCUUCGAGCGCUUUGACCGGGGUACCUUUGAGAAGAUUCUUGUUCUUGGGGAUGGGGAGCUCGAAUCACUUUAUGAAGCUUGUUUGCCCUGGCUUGAAGGGCAGGGGGAGGACAAGGAGUGGCCGAUUCCCCAGUAA